AUGCGGGUAAGCCGGUGGUGUCAGAGAGGCAAGCAGGACAAUGGUGUCAGGAAGGCAAGCAGGACAAUGGUGUCAGAAAGGCAAGCAGGUCAAUGGUGUCAGGAAGGCAAGCAGGACAAUGGUGUCAUAGAGGCAAGCAGGCCAGUGGUGUCAGAGAGGCAAGCACGUCGGUGGUGUCAGAGACGCAAGGAGGCCGAUGGUGUCAGAGAGGCAAACAGGAAUAACGUGUCACAUGUCAGAGAGACAAGCAGGCCAAUGGUGUCAGAGAGGCAAGCACGUCGAUGGUGUCAGAGAGGCAAGCAGGCCAAUGGUGUCACAUGCCAGAGAGGCAAGAAGACAAGUGGUGUCAGAGAGGCAAGUAGGCCAAUGGUGUCACAUGUCAGAGAGGCAAACCGAUCACGGGUGUCAGGCAAGCAGACCUAUGGUAUCAGAGAGUGGUGUCAGAGAGGCAAGCAAACCAGUGGUGUCAGAGAGGCAAGCAAACCAGUGGUGUCAGAGAGGCAAGCAAACCAGUGGUGUCAGAUAGGUAAGCAAACCAGUGGUGUCAGAGAGGUAAGCAAACCAGUGGUGUCAGAGAAGCAAGCAAACCAGUGGUGUCAGAGAGGCAAGCAAACCAGUGGUGUCAAAGAAGCAAGCAAACCAGAGGUGUCAGAGAGGCAAGCAAACCAAUGGUGUUCAGAGAGCAAGCAACCAGUGGUGUCAGAGAAGCAAACCAGUGGUGUCAGAGAGACAAGCAAACCAAUGGUGUCAGAGAGGCAAGCAAACCAGUGGUGUCAGAGAGGUAAGCGAACCAGUGGUGUCAGAGAGGCAAGCAAACCAGUGGUGUCAGUGUGUCAGAGAGGCAAGCAAACCAGUGGUGUCAGAGAGGCAAGCAAACCAGUGGUGUCAGAGAGAGGCAAGCAAACCAGUGGUGUCAGAGGCAAGCAAACCAGUGGUGUCAGAGGCAAGCAGGACAAUGGUGUCAGAGAGGAAAGCAAGCCUGUGGUGUCAGAGAGGCAAGCAAACCAGUGGUGUCAGAGAGGCAAGCAGACCAGUGGUGUCAGAGAAGCAAGCAAACCAGUGGUGUCAGAGAGGCAAGCAAACCAGUGGUGUCAGAGGCAAGCAAACAGGUGUCAGAGAGGUAAGCAAACCAGUGGUGUCAGAGGGACAAGCAGGGCAGUGGUGUCAGAGACUGGCCAAGUGGUGGCAAAGGGCUAG